UUUCCCGACCGGCCCUAUACCCCAACCACAAACUGCCUUCUCCGUCUUCAACCUGCACCGUAAUCCUUUCGUCACUGGAUCUCGACUGCCGCAGACCUCCUCCCGCUGACCCUCCGCCACCGCAGGCCUCCUCCCGCUGACCCUCCGUCACUGCAGGCCUCCUCCCGCGUCCCCUCCACCUACCUCCUACCACAUCCCCGCCGCCCACCACACCGAUGCGCGUCCCGCUGGAUUCACCCGAUCCAGUGCCGCCACCAUCAACCCCAACAGUCGCCGCCGCCAUCAACCCCGUCAGCCGCCGCCACCAUCCACCACACUAGUCGCCACACUGCCAUCCUCCCCACUCGCCAUCUCCCCCAACAACCCCGAGCAGCCGCUGCCAACCAACUUCCCAACAAAUAGGCACCAGUCGUCGAUGCGAGCAGUCCCGUGCGCUGCCGCAAAGGGCCCAUGCCCCCAGGCCCCCGUCGUCGGCAAGGCCGCACGCCCCUGAUCCCAUGAUCUCACAUUGCCCCGCGUCUGGCCAGCACGCUGCCCCUCAUCGGCGCACCUCCCACUCACCUGGACGGCUUCCCCUCCUCUGCUUGAACUUCUUCUCCAACCUCCACCUCGCCAGCCUGAUAUUCCUCUAUGAAGCCCGGCAGGAGGCGUGCUCUUUCUGUUACUAUUCUUCUUCACAAAAGGUUGACUUGCCUUGUAGACUCUGCAAACCACCAUUUUCUGUAGUAGUUAGUAUGUUUGAGCCCAAUGUGUUGAUUUUUAGGGGUCCAAAUGUGUCUACCACUCCACCUGCCGCAUGUGUGCGCAAACCGUCAGCCAACUCUGACCUCCUGCUCCUCUCUUCAACUUCAUAUUUAAUCCUAUCCAAGUAUGCGUGUGCGCAGCUAAAGUUCGACUAUGAACAGGAGAGCCGGAGAGGUGAGGGUCAGCCUCACAGAGGACUGCGGGUCGCCUUUGAUGCUCCGCACAGACUUGAGGCAGUGUCGCCAAACCCCGUCGGAUUGCACGUCCACCCGAGCUCCAUGUCCAGCUGGGUCGGAUGCAAGGACGCAAGGUCCAAUCUGACCUCUUUUGUUUCUUUGAAACAAGCACGGAGAAGCAUCAGAAGUUUCUAAGUUCAGAAUUACGACCUAAAGAUGUAUACAAGUAUGUUAAACGGAUAAUUACAUCGGAAGAAAGAAGGGGCCGCCUAGGCCAUUCCACCGAGGACAGAAGGACAAAAGGUGAGAAAUUGUUGCUAGGCACCUACAUAGUUUGUACUGUACAUCACGUUUGUAAAAUAAAAAAGAAAUAAAUAUGACUCUUUUAGAGCUCUCUUGGCACUCAAUACAAGU